AUGACACAGAGGAGUAAAAGGGAGAAGGAUGGGACCAUCAAAUACGUCACUCUAGGUGGCAAGGCACGUAAUCAGAUGUCAAAUGUCUUUAAGCCUCGGCCAACAAGCAAGACAGACUGCAAGGCAAUGAUAAAUGUGUUGUUGAAGAAUGAGAAGUUGUGCGUCACAUCGAUAAUAACAAAUGCAGCAUCAUGCGAUGGGUAUACUAAGGAUAUGGUCUUGAAGUUGUAUGCGAUGAAUGAGGUAUACCGCACCUUGAAUCCCUAUAGCGUAGGUUCAAAUGUUGGAUUAAGUACUGUUCAUGCAACUAUGGAAGGAAGUUCUAAAAAAGUAUUAAGUCUCCAUGUUGUCAGAGGCAAGGGAAGACCCUCAACUAAGAGGAGGAUGUCGAUGAUGGAGGAAAAUGUGAAGAAAAUAAAAACUAAGUCUGCUAAAAGCCGCAAUGACAAGGGAAAAAGCAAACCGCGGCGGCGUAAAUUGGACACUGAAUUAUUGGAAAGCAAUGGGAACCAAAUCAACACAUCGAUGAUGGGUACACAAGAAACUGUACAAACAUCCGUAAUGGCCAACCAAGAAAAUGUACAACAACCAAUGAUACAAGAUAGUGUACAAAUCCCAGUGAUGGGGACACAAGAAAGUGUAUAA